AUUUAAAAAAAAAAUAGAACUAAAUACUUAACUUGGGCCUAAAGAAGCUUUACUAUAUCCCUUGCUAGACUGCUAAUCGGUCGAUUGAUCUAAUCCCAGGUUUCAAAUCAAGCAUUGCAAUCGAUUUUCCUCCUCUGGAAAAAUGACGCAAGAUGUUGAAAUGAAAGAACAACAGGUUCCAGCAGCUCCUUCUAACUCGGUUUCAUCUACUGCUCCUUCCGUUUUACAGCAUUUGAAAGAAAUUGCGGCACUGAUCGAGACGGGAGCUUAUUCUCGUGAAGUUCGUCGCAUUUUGAGAGCUAUUAGGCUCACAAUUGCGUUGAGGAGGAAGUUAAAUGCUUCUGUGAUUUCAUCGUUUCUUAGUUUUACUCUUGCAUCUGGAUCCGAAGCACACUCUCGUUUGGUUUCAUAUCUUCCAAAGGAGGAUGAACAUGAUAUGGAAGUUGACACUGCAUCAUCUGGAACUCAAGCUACUGUAAAGCACUCUCAUGAGAUUGAGAUCUACUGCUACUUGCUUGUUCUGAUAUUCUUGAUCGAUCAGAAAAAAUACAAUGAGGCUAAGUCUUGUUCAUCAGCAAGCAUUGCCCGUUUGAAAAACUUGAACAGAAGAACAGUUGAUGUUCUGGCAUCCAGACUCUACUUCUACUACUCUCUUAGCUAUGAACUUACUGAAAGUCUCUCUGAAAUUCGUGGUAAUCUUCUUGCUUUGCACCGGGUUGCAACAUUGCGUCAUGAUGAGUUGGGGCAGGAAACACUUUUGAACCUGCUACUUCGCAAUUAUCUCCAUUAUAAUUUAUAUGAUCAAGCUGAGAAGCUGAGAUCAAAGGCACCACGUUUUGAAGCUCAUUCAAAUCAACAGUUUUGUCGUUACCUUUUUUACCUGGGUAAAAUUAGAACGAUUCAACUGGAAUACACAGAUGCAAAAGAAUCUCUUCUCCAAGCUGCCCGAAAAGCUCCUGUAGCUGCCCUUGGUUUCCGGGUUCAAUGCAACAAGUGGGCCAUCAUUGUUCGUCUACUUCUUGGAGAGAUCCCUGAACGAACUGUGUUUAUGCAAAAAGGCAUGGAGAAAGCAUUGAGGCCUUACUUUGACCUCACAAAUGCAGUUAGAAUUGGAGAUCUGGACCUCUUCAAAACAGUGGCUGAGAAAUUCUCAACAACUUUCACCUCGGACCGAACCAACAACUUAAUCGUGAGACUCCGCCACAACGUCAUACGAACCGGGCUCCGCAACAUCAGCAUCUCAUACUCGCGUAUCUCCCUUGCUGACGUGGCAACGAAGCUCCGUUUGGACUCCCCAAACCCAAUUGCAGAUGCUGAGAGCAUUGUGUCAAAAGCGAUCCGUGAUGGUGCCAUUGAUGCCACGUUGGAUCAUGCAAACGGGUGGAUGGUUUCUAAGGAAACGGGUGAUAUUUACUCGACAAAUGAACCACAAAUGGCUUUUAAUUCUAGAAUUGCUUUUUGUUUGAAUAUGCAUAAUGAGGCUGUACGUGCCCUUCGGUUUCCGCCUAAUUCGCAUAAGGAGAAGGAAAGUGCGGAGAAGAGGAGGGAGAGACAACAGCAAGAGCAAGAACUUGCACAAUGUAUAGCCGAGGAAGAUGAUGAUGAAUUUUGAUACUGUUUGUUUCUUAUUUAAGCAUAUUACUUUGGAAAAUGUAUUCGGUUACAAUAUUUUACUUGGUUCUUUUUAUAUUAGAACAUUGUAUUUUUGAAAAUUCAACAAGAUUAUAGCAAUGAAAAUUGCUUUGUGUU